CAUACGUUGUCUGUUUAGCAUACUUGUUGGCCCGGAGAAUAUCUCACUUCUAGAAAACAUUCUCCGAGAUACCAAUCUUUCUUUGUGCAAAUAUAAAGUUUCAGUGGAAAUAUACAGUUUCAUUAGACCGAAACAUAUUCAGUAUUAUCAAUUUCAGGACACUUUUGUAGUGCCAGAUAUAGUUAUGACAAUGAGUAUUGACGCCUACCAAAAUAUUAUGCACGGCCCCCUGGUCGGCUUCUUGGAGCUUUCUAAUAAAAUAGGUAGUGACGUGGCAAAGCACGCUCAGUUCGUCAAAGAAGCAUUCAACGCACAAUUUGAGUUUCUUAAAACGGUUGCGAUUUCAAGCCCUCCCUCUAAUGCUGAUCUACAAAGUAUGCUGAAGCCUACCUCGGAGAAGAUUGCGACUAUCCAAGAUUUUCGUGAGAAAAACCGUACAUCUACCUUUUUCAAUCAUUUGUCUUCGAUCAGCGAAAGUAUACCCGCCCUUGGAUGGGUUUGUGUGGCCCCAGCACCUGGUCCAUAUGUUAAGGAAAUGAAUGAUGCUGGGCAAUUCUAUAUCAAUCGUGUACUGAAAGACUGGAAAGGGAAGGAUGCAACCCAUGUGGAAUGGGCUCGUUUGUGGAUCCAGACACUCACGGAACUACAACAGUUUAUUAAACAGCACCACACAACUGGACUCGUGUGGUCCAGUGGAAACAAGUCAACUAUUUCAGGUGGAUCAGGUGCUCCUCCACCACCACCACCUAUUGGAGGUCUAACACCACCAAUACCCAUUGGUGAUUUGAAGGUGUCCGAUCAGGACGAUGAUCGAAGUGCGCUAUUUGCCCAAAUCAACCAAGGUGCAGAUAUUACGAAAGGUUUAAAGAAGGUGACUUCUGAUAUGCAAACUCACAAGAAUCCUAGCCUUCGAUCUGGUCCAGCGCCAUAUAAAGCUCCACCGACCAUGGCUAGCAAUGGCACGAGGACGGUGUCUGCUCCAUCCGCUUUGAAGCCGCCAAUUUUUAUCCGUGAUGGCAAAAAGUGGCUGAUCGAGUACCAGAAAAAUAAUGCAAAUCUUUUAGUCGAAAAUGCUGAGAUGAACAACGUAGUAUAUAUGUUCCGAUGUGAGGGCUCUACAUUGCAGAUUAAAGGCAAGAUCAACAGUGUGGUGAUGGAUUCAUGCAAAAAAUGUUCUCUAGUUUUCGAUACUAUGGUUUCGUCAGCUGAGUUUGUCAACUGUCAAAGUGUACAAAUGCAGGUCCUCGGAAAGGUUCCUACAAUUUCCAUUGACAAAACGGAUGGAUGUCAGAUGUACCUAUCUUCAGAAUCGCUUGACGUUGAAAUUGUAAGCUCAAAAUCAUCUGAAAUGAAUGUAAUGAUUCCGAAAGGAACUAGUGGUGACUAUGUGGAGCAGCCAAUUCCAGAGCAAUUUAAAACUGUAGUAAAGGGAACUACCUUAAACACGAUUUGUGUUGAGAGCCUUGGCUAAUAUUCCUUUCGGAAAUUUAAACGAUUUUCUAAUGCGUACAUACGCUGUGUGUGAAAAGAGAUGUAGUUUUUAUCGAUAAAAAUCCCAUAGCAUUAUAAAUUAGAACGGCGUGAAGUAUAAAUAAGUUUACAAGUUGCCGAGUACCAAAUCGCAUACAAAAGCUAUAAAAAUAUCAGAAUCGAAAACAAAUCGCCCAUCGAUAAUGGAAAAGGAAAUAAUUCUAAUGGGAUACCAGCGUUUUUUUCUAAAAUAUUUGAUACCACGCACAUAGCAUAUAGCAUUAAUAAUUACAUGACCAUCAAGAACAAUGAAUAAUUACAACUUAAAAAAAAUCAUAAACUUAAAUCAUAAAAAUCAUUACUUCUGAUUGCAUUAUGUUAACUUUCAUUGAUUGUUUGUACGUUCUAUAUGUGAGGAUUUUUAUUUUAUAUUACCUUAUUCACACAUUUUAAAGCGAUGUGGGUUACACUAUACCUUACCCACUUCGUUAUUUUCUAUCUUUCGAAAUGUUAAAUAGACAGCAAACGAUUGUUAAGUAUUAUAAGCAAUGUGGAUUUGAAAAAGUUUGAAUAAAUAAUAAAACGCUAUAAUAUUGAAUCUAAUAUAA